CUUCUCCUCUUUUUCAAACCAAUGGCUCUUCUACUAUACUAUUCUUCCCCCUCUCGUCUUUAUCGUACAGUCUCCCUCUCUCUCAUCACUUUUCUCAAACUCAAACUCAAGAAAGAACUUCCUUCCAUUCAUCCAGAUCUGGAUUCCUUCCACUUCAUCUCAGGAACUACACGUGAGGAAUAUUUCCGGAAGGGUGUAAACCAAUUCGCUACUGGAAUUGAUGCAAUGGACUCAGGGGAUACAAAGAUCAAAGAGCAAAGAGCUAAUCUCAGACUCGACAUGGUUAGUUAUGCCUUACUCAUCAAUGCUUAUGGGAAAGCUAGGAGGGAGGAUGAAGCAUUAGCAGUAUUUAAGGAAAUGCUUGAUGCUAGUGUCAGGUAUGCUAGAGAAUGAGAGAAUAAAACUGUUAAGGCCAUGAGUUAACAGAAAGCUUGAUAGAUUAGCUUAUCAGCAGUCCUUUGUU